GCGGUUUGCAGAUACUUUUUUGGUACCUACGAGGACGAACGAGCAGCGGUUUGGGUGUGUUGUUGCAAAGUAAAUGAAAAUAAAGUUUUUCUGUGUUUAAUAUUGUUGUUGUAGUUAUUGUGGGAGUGUGUGAAUUCAAGCAAAGAACAACGCUCAGUUUUAAAUAACAGUUUCCAAAAAAAAUUAAAAUGUGCUCUACAAUGCGUUUACUCGCCCUUUUGGGUCUGAUUGUGUUAGUGCGUGCGCAACAACAGAAUGUUGAUCCCGCUUAUCUUCGUCAAUACUAUCAACAAUUGCAACAGCAACAACAACAUCAGCAACAAGGCGCCGACGCCACGCCCAUUUAUGAACAAAAUUCCGAGCAAACACAACAAUAUGUGGCGCCAGGACAACAAUUUCGCCUAAAGGAUACCGUACGCGAACAGAUACAGGCGCAGCAACAACAACAACACCAAGGUGGUUAUGUUGCGCCAGCGGUGCGUGAUUACGCACAGCAUCAGCAGCAACAGCAAUACCAGCCCCAGCAAUAUCGUCCACAGCCACAAGCCGUUAGUCCACCACGUCACUCACAGCCUCAGUAUCAGCCACAGAAGGCUAAAUUGCAGGCACAACGUCCACAACAACAACAAGCCGAGGAGGAGGAAUACGAUGAUCAAAACUCUUCCUACCAAUUCGGUUUCGAUGUUAAAGACGAUGAAUUCACCAACUAUCAAAAUCGCAAGGAAGUACGUGAUGGUUCCGUGAUCAAAGGCAGCUACUCAGUGGUCGAUUCGGAUGGUUUCAUACGCACCGUUAAGUACACCGCCGAUCCAAAGGAGGGUUUCAAGGCUGAAGUCAUUCGUGAGCCCACCGAUAUUGUUGUGAAGAUCCCCACGCCCGCUCCACAACCAUUGGUGCGUCAAACUCACAAAUCGCAGGAUUAUGCGCUGAAACCAUCACAGCAAUAUCACCAGCAACAGCCACAGUACCAUCAGCAAUACCAGCAGUAGAUGUGUGUUGUGUGUGUUGUAGAGCGUAGCUCACGCUCGAGUCGAGUCGAUUUUUGGUAGUCCAUUUGACUAACUAACUAUAUUGUGGCCUAGAGCACCGUACGCGAUGUCCGCGCGUUGUGUGCGGUUUGUGUGCAUAAUAACACUUAUUUUCAUUUUUCAUCAUAGGUUAUACUUUAUUUAAAUCAUCCGCUGUUCGAAACAUUUUAUGGAUUGUAUGAAAUUUUAAUUUAAGUGCAUAUAGAAUUUUUUAAUCGAAAUAAAUAAAAUGGAAAAACAUUAA